CUUUUUUACUUUUCCACCUUUUUUAUUUAUUGACAUAUAUAUAAUGAGCAAAUUGCUCAAGUUUGAAGGACACAAUUAUCUUCGACAGAGAUUGGUGUUAGCAACUUUAAGUGGGAAGAUUGUACGUAUUGACAAGAUUCGUUCUGACGAUGAAGAUCCUGGUAUUCGAGAUUACGAGGCAAAAUUCUUACAACUUUUGGAAAAGGUGACCAAUGGUUCUACGAUAGAAAUCAGUUAUACCGGUACAUCUAUUCUUUACAAACCUGGAUCUAUCAUGGGUGGUCGAAUUGAACACGAUUGUGGAAAUGAACGUAGUAUUAGUUACUUUUUAGAACCUCUUCUUGUUUUAGCGCCCUUUUCCAAGAAACCUUUUGCUCUUACAUUAGAAGGCAUCACUACAGAUCACAUUGAUGUUUCGGUUGAUAUUAUUCGAACAGUUUUAAUUCCUCAAUUGGCUCGAUUUGGUAUUGAAGACAAUGUUCAACUUAAAAUUACAAAACGAGGUGCUCCUCCUCUUGGUGGUGGUGAAGUAGUAUUUACUUGUAAUAGUAUACGACAAUUGAAACCAAUCCAACUGACUGAUGAAGGAAGAAUUCGAAAGAUUCGUGGUAUCGCCUAUUGUACUCGAGUAUCACCACAAACUGCCAAUCGACUUGUUGAAUCAGCUAGAUCUUUAUUGAAUCGUUAUAUCCCUGAUGUUUAUAUUUAUACGGACGUUUAUAAAGGUGCUGAAAGUGGAAAAUCUCCAGGGUUUGCUCUAUCAUUGGUUGCAGAAUCUACCGCUGGGGUAUUACUAUCAGCGGAAAAGGCAGCAGAAGCUGGACAAACACCAGAAGAUGUAGGUAUUAUGGCAGCAAAACUAGUAUUAAAUGAAAUUCGUUUACGUGGAUGUGUGGAUACAACAAGUCAAUGGUUGAACUUAUUACUGAUGGUAUUGGCUCCUGAAGAUGUUGGUAAAAUCCGAAUUGGUCAAUUAACUCCUUUUACGAUUCAAUAUCUACGUGAUCUCAAGUCCUUCUUUGGUGUGUCCUUCAAAAUUCAACCUGAUGAAUCUACGAAUACCAUUUUUAUGACUUGUGUGGGGAUUGGUUAUGUUAAUCAUAACAAAAAGACAACUUAGACUUUUAUAUAUAUACUUUAUCUUUAUAAGCAUACUUCAAUAAACUUAUCAUUCAUUGUUUCUUCUUUUCAUCAAAUUUGGAUUUUUUUUUUUGGUAUUGACACAUGAUUGCAAUAAGGCUAAGAGUCUAAUUGGAUCUC